AACCUCAAUCAGAACUCCAGAAAAAAACUGAGUCAUAUGGGUCAUCCUCCAGUGGAAGAAGAAAAGAACAUCCUUUUUCAAGGAAUUGGGGUUCCAUGUGAUGAUGAGGAGGAUUUGAGGAAUUCCUGGUUUAUCAUCCUCCCCAUCUCGAACAAAUACCUCGGAAUCUUCGAAGCUUCCACUGACAUACCGCGAUUUGUUGAAAGUGGGUGUACUGAAAGUGAUCUCUUGGGGAUGACUUAUACUUUUGUUGGUUCCUCAUUGUAUAUAAUAGGCAGCCGAGUGCCCAACGAUUUAGAGCUCAGCGACAGCAUCCGCUGGCUUGACACCCGAAGUAGUUCUAAGCAGUGGCGGUUCCACGACGAGGAUACAAAUCUUAAAACCCGAGAAGGCUACAUCUGGGACACCAGAGUCAAUGAAUGCUUUAAAACCAGAAUACCCCCUCCACAAGUUGCAGUUGGAGAGAGGCAGUGGCGUAGGAUUCGUGCUUGUGCUCCUUUGGAAGGAAAAGGGCUUCUAAUUGCUAUGGAUGGAGAGGAGAAUAACUUCUUUCUUUAUAAUUCAGAGAUAAACGAUUGUGGACCUGAACAAUUCAGAGUUGAAGUGCAAGGCCAAUCUCCACUCUACCAGCUGCUUGAUACAUUUCAAAAACAACGGGAAGAUAAUGCUUCUGCUGAAGAAAUGGAAAGAAGCUUGAUUUCUGGUGAACCAUCUCGAGAUCAAGCAGAGGACAUUGGUUUCCCUAAAGGAGGAGAAAGAAAAAGAGAAAGGACUCAGCAUGAAGAUCUAUUACCUCCCCAAAAAUAUAGGCAGAGUAAGGUAACUCGGUCCAUCAGUGAUGAUGAUCUCAAGCCUGCUGUAACUCCUGAACCUGAGAUAAUGGAAACUGUGCUUUCAGCAGAAGAUGAAUUCCUGGGUACUAGUGAAGAGGAGCUACUGAUCCCAAGUUCUUUUGGUGGAUUUCUGACACAAACUGUGAGCUAUGCAUCUAAGUAGUCAGUAAGGCAAAUAUGUAUCUGCCCAAAACUUUACUUGGGUCUGUGAAUUUUUAAUCUAUUUUAUACUAAACUUUGAGCCUGGGAUAUAUAUGUAAAACAAUUCUUUUGUUCUCAUAAUUAGUUCUUUUUCUUUUUGCAUUGCAUAAAGAACACUUUCACAA